AUGGCUCCAAAGCAAGUUGUAACGACCGACAAAGGGCUCAAGUCCAACUUGUUCUCUCAAGCCACAAUCCACAAUGGAACCAUUUUCGUGUCCGGAAAUAUCGGCAUCGUUCCGUCCACCAUGAAAGUAGUGGAGGGGUCAGUCGCGGACAGAACAAAACAAGCUCUGGAAAACAUCAGAGUGGUUCUGGAGGAAGCCGGCAGCAGCUUUGAAAAGCUCCUGAAGAUGAACAUUUAUUUGACCAGCAUGGAGGACUAUGCAGCCAUGAAUAACGCCUAUCUUGAAAUCAUCCCGGAUCCGAAGCCAGCACGGACCUGUGUCUGCGUCAAGGAGCUGCCCUUCAAGACAGAUGUCGAAAUUGAAGUCAUUGCAGCAUUGUGA